AUGGCAGCUUCAUGGAGAUUUGUACUUUUUCUCUGCAUGUUGCUGAUGGUGUCCAGAUGCCCGAGCCUGGCCAGUGACGAAGCAGAACAUGGCACUGACACGGGCGGUGGAGACACAGGCGACCAUCAAGAGACCACCCCAAAUUCCAGCACUGGCCACGACACCGGGCAUGACACCGGGCACGACUCUGGGCAUGAUGGAGGUCACGGAGGAGGGCCCAUCACCACUCUACCUAUUGUGAGCUGGAAGUGGCACCAUGUGUCCACCCCGUACCUGGUAGCCCUGUGGAUCCUGGUCUGCUGGCUCUGUAAAAUAAUCAUCGAAGCCAACCACCAUGUGACCGCCAUAAUCCCGGAGAGCGCCCUGCUCAUCUGCUUCGGCUUCAUUCUGGGAGGGAUAAUUUGGGGCGCGGACAACAAGCAGACCUUCACGCUGACCCCGACCGUGUUCUUCUUCUACCUGUUGCCUCAAAUCAUCCUGGACGCAGGCUACUCCAUGCCGAACAAGCUCUUCUUCAGCAACAUGGGCGCCAUCCUGGUCUACGCCGUCAUCGGGACCUGCUGGAACGCCGCCAGCUUGGGGCUGUCACUGUGGGGGUGUCACAAGGGCGGAGCCAUGGGUGACCUGGACAUCGGCCUGCUGCAGUAUCUUCUGUUCGGCAGUCUGAUCGCUGCUGUGGACCCCGUAGCUGUCAUCGCCGUAUUUGAGCAAGUCCACGUCAACGAGGUCCUCUUCAUCAUGGUGUUUGGAGAGUCGCUGCUCAACGACGGCGUGACGGUGGUGCUCUUCAAUGUAUUUGAUGCGUUUGUGUCACUAGGAGGAGCCAAAAUUAAUGCUGUGGAGAUCAUUAAAGGAAUAAUUUCCUUCUUUGUGGUGGCGUUCGGCGGUUCACUGAUGGGCUUUGUGUUCGGCCUGCUGAUCUCUCUUGUGACCAGAUGCACUAAAAACAUCCAGAUCAUUGAGCCGGGCUUCGUAUUCGUCUUGGGAUACCUCUCGUACCUGACCGCUGAGAUGCUCUCACUGUCUGCCAUCCUGUCGAUCGUCUUCUGUGGCAUGUGCUGCCAGAAAUACAUCAAUGCAAACAUGGACGAGAGGUCUGUCACCACAGUCAGAUAUGUCAUGAAGGUUUUAGCCAACGGGUCAGAAACCAUCGUCUUCGUGUUCCUCGGCAUCUCGGCCAUCGACAAGACAAUCUGGGUUUGGAACACGGGCUUCAUCCUCCUCACGCUCCUCUUCAUCUUUGUGUACAGAUUCAUCGGUGUCUUUUUCCUCACCUGGAUCCUGAACAAGUUCAGGCUGGUCCCCUUGGAGUUUAUGGAUCAGGUGAUUAUGAGCUAUGGUGGCCUGCGAGGGGCUGUGGCGUACGGCCUGGCUACGAUGCUGGACGGGAACAAGAUAAAGGAGAAGAAUCUGAUGGUCUGCACGACUCUCAUUGUCGUGUACUUCACUGUCAUCCUUCAGGGAAUGACGAUGAAACCUCUGGUGAAGUGGCUGAAAGUUAAGAGAGCUGCUGUAACGGAGCUCACGCUCAUAGAGAAAUUGCAGAGCAAGGUGUUUGAUCACAUGCUUGUUGCCAUAGAAGACAUAUCUGGACAAAUAGGACACAACUACAUGAGAGACAAGUGGAAUCACUUUGAGGACAAUUGGAUGUCGAGGGUUUUGAUGAAGCCGUCGGUGAGGAAGAACCGCGACUACGUCUUCAACGUCUUCCAUCAGCUGAACCUCAAGGACGCUAUGAGCUACGUGGCGGAGGGUGAGCGUAGAGGCUCUCUGGAGUUUGUCCGCAACGAAAAGGCGACCGUCGACUUCAAGAAGAAGUUUGGUGACGAUUUCUCCGAGGUCAUGCCCGACAUCAUGGCCGACACGUCAGACGAUUACGAUACAACGUUGCCAGGUGACAGAAGAGACCCGGUGCCCACAGUGAGCCUGGAAAUGCACGAGCAGACCAUGAACGGUAUGAGGGAGUCAGAGGAUGUAAACAGUCACCACCUGCUGCAGCAGCAUCUGUACAAGGGCAGGAAACAACACCGGCACAGGUACAGCAGGACACAUUUCGAUGUCAACAAAGACGAAGGGGAAGUGCAGGAGAUCUUCCAGAGGACCAUGAGGAGUCGUUUGGAGUCCUUCAAGUCUGCGAAGAUGGGUGUGGCUCCACCAAAGACAAUAAGCAAGCACCAAAAGAAAGACCAGCCGCAGAAGUUGCCAAAUGGAAAAUCAAUGGACAAAAGUAGAAGUUACCAUUCUGGUGAUGAAGAUUUUGAGUUCUCAGAGGUAGACAGCGCCUCUGGUUUUGAGGCGUCCGGCAGUUCGUUCCCCAUGAGGGUCACAUACAGAGCUGGAGCUGGAAUCGAGAACCCGGCCUUCAUGCCGGAGCUGGACCCCAUGUCAGCGGUGGAGAUCCCUCCGUGGCUGGCGGAGGCGGAGCUCGACAGCAGCAUGGUGGCUCCGUCGCAGAUGGCCCAGCUGAGGCUGCCGUGGACGCCCAGCAACCUGCGGCGCCUGGCUCCUCUCCGCACCAGCACUCGCUCCACCGACUCCUUCGCUCAGGCCGACAUUCCCAACACGCAGCAGUGGGGCAACGAGCCGCGUCCACCUCCUCCUCCUCCUCCUCCCCCUCCACAGCCUCCCUCUCACAGAGACGGUAGCCACAUGUAGCAGCAUCUCACCUUCUCUUCACCUCAGACUUUGAAACGUCAAAAUAUUGACUAGGGAAUGUUUUCUUUUCCGUGGCGUUGCUUAAUCUCACUCCAAGUCUUUAGAAGAAACAUUCACAGUCCCACAACCUUUGUGCCUUUGUCUUCAGCUUAUCCUGUUCUAACUUCACUCCUCACUGAGCACAGAGGAGCCAGAGACCCUGAGUGGCUUUUAUUCACCAGCACGUUGAACAUUGUCAUAUUUUCUCCACUGGCUCUAAGAAAACCAGUCAGACAUUGAAAAUCAGACCUUUUUGAAUCCCUGAAUGUGAUGCAGAAAGCAUUUUUAAAGAUUGUAGAUAUUUAUGUUGUUUAUAAAGAUGAUAAAUUUAAUUAAGAGUGAUAUGAAAAUAAUCUCUUUAAUCUGAAUUUUAACAUUUUUGCGUGUUUUCUUAUUUGCCUCAGAACAGAACUGGAAUAUUAAACUUGAAGAAUGAAACCAUUGUAAAAAAAAAUUCACAUAUAUGAUAAUUAUAUUUAUUCACAAAUGAAGAUUUUGUGGACAUUUCCAAUAUCUCAAAUCUACGCACAAGCAAACAGAAACAUAUAUUAUAUGUGCCUGUGGUCUGAUGUAUAAGAAUUUAAAAUGUGGAUUUAGAAAUUAAAAAUUUAAGAAAAAUACGUAUUUGUGGAGUCAUUUACACUGUGUAUCAAGUAAAAAAUUACUAGAAAAUAA